AAAAAAAUUGUCUUGUUGAGUAGUGGAGCGGCACCGGCUGAUUGUUUACGGCGAGGACGGGAGAAUACGGAAGAAGCUUCCCCCGAGAGAGUAGAGAAGCCGGGAAUCACCGCCGCCUCUCCCCGACCUGGAUUGUGUAACACGAAGGAGAAAGCACACGGGCGGGCGCCAGACACAAAAAUAAAAAGGAUAAAUAAAUGAGACGGCCGGGCGGCGGACUCUAAAAAUCAACAGGAAAGGUCCGUGCUGGGAGGAGAGCGCAGGCCGGACACGGGGGAGAUCUUGUGGUUGAGCGGUCGGUCGGAUUCUCUCCCUCGUCGAUUGAUCCUGUGGUGUGACCCGGAGCGGUCGGGCAGUUUCUCGUCUUUUUAUUCCCUCUUCCUUAGUAAAGCGAGCGCCAGCGGAGGAUGGCCUCGGCUCUGUACGCCUGCACCAAGUGUCACCAGCGGUACCCGUUCGAGGAGCUCUCCCAGGGCCAGCAACUGUGUAAGGAGUGCCGAAUUGCACACCCAAUUGUAAAAUGUACCUAUUGCCGAUCAGAGUUCCAGCAAGAAAGUAAAACCAACACUAUAUGCAAGAAAUGUGCGCAAAAUGUUAAGCAAUUUGGAACGCCCAAGCCUUGUCAGUACUGUAACAUCAUAGCUGCAUUUAUUGGCACAAAGUGCCAGCGUUGUACCAACUCAGAGAAAAAAUAUGGACCUCCUCAGACCUGUGAGCAAUGCAAGCAACAAUGUGCUUUUGAUCGGAAGGAGGAAGGGAGACGAAAGGUUGAUGGGAAGCUACUCUGUUGGCUUUGCACACUGUCCUACAAGAGAGUUCUUCAGAAGACUAAGGAGCAGCGCAAAAGUUUGGGCUCCACCCAUUCCAACUCCUCUACGUCUUCCCUUACUGAGAAAGACCAACAAUCUAAACCUCACCAUCAUCACCACCAUCAUCAUCACCGACAUAGUGGCAGCCACCAUAAAGUUGGCAGUCUAAGCCCAGAAUCAGAGCAGGGACUUUGGAAACCAAGUCAUAAAUCCACUACAACAAUUCAGAAUGAAACUCCAAAGAAAAAGCCCAAAUUGGAAUCAAAGCCAUCUAACGGAGACAGCAUGUUUUAUUUUAGUAGUUCAAUCACUCAGUCGACUGACAGUGGUGGUACAGACAACUUUGUCCUAAUCAGCCAGCUGAAAGAGGAAGUCAUGUCUCUGAAGCGUCUCUUGCAACAGAGAGACCAAACCAUUCUGGAGAAGGAUAAAAAGUUGACAGAACUGAAAGCAGACUUCCGAUUCCAAGAAAAUAACUUGAGGACAAAGAUGAAUGGCAUGGAAAAGGCCCACAAGGAAUCGUAUGAGCAGUUGCAGGGCAAAAACCGGGAUUUGCUGAAACAAGUUGCAUCUCUGUCAAAGGGUAAAAAAUUUGAUAAAAGUGGCAGCAUCCUGACCUCUUGAGGACCUGUUUAACAGGAGGACAUGCAGUGUUGGUCUGUGAAGCCCUUAAAAUGGUUUUAGUCACAAGGGAAUCUUCUUCUUUUUUUUUUUUUUUAUUAUUAUUAAACAUUUUUUUUUUUUAAGCCUAUUUUAUAGUGAAUCCUGGACUCUUUUUAAUUAUAAAGCGCUCAGACGCAACCAACUUCAACUGGCUUGAAGACACCUCUGAUCCACUUCAGCUGUGGAGGAAGAGCAUCACUAAGAUGGGGGGAAAAGGCAAUAACAUAAAAAAAAUGGGAAAAAAUAAAACGGAUCGGCAGCUGGCUUUUUAUUGGUGCUCAAAUUUUUAUGAGCGCUUUACAUCUGCUGUGACAAAUUACUUUUUUUGGGGGGGUGGGGUAAUUGGGUGUUUUUUAAAUGUUUUUUUUUUUUUAAAUGAUGGUGCUUUAUACCCUCUGCCAUCAGCAACAGGUAAAAUGCUAUGGAAGAUGGCGUGCUGCUGGUUUCCCUUUGUCAUAGAAAGGGUUAAAGGGGGACUCCACCCAUAACAGUUUGGGCAGAAGGGUUUGGUGAAGCAAAUAUUUUAAGACCCAUGAUUUAUUUUGGGACAGAGCAGAAAAUACCAAUCAUGUUUUCAGUGUUGAAUUGCUAUUGUGGCAAUGACCAUUAAGUGCAGCACUCGUCUGAAAGACCUAUUAGGUUUUAAUGGUCAGGAAGCAGUUCAGAGUCUAAGAUUGGGGUACUGGGGGAGGAGUUGACCGUUCCAAGUUACUAUAUGGGAGGGGUCUCAGUCCGUCGGGUUUCCACUCUUUGGUCAUCUGUUCUGUAGUAAAAGGAGGAUCAGCCAGACUGCACUCCUAUCUCUUACUUUUUAGAGUUUAGUGCCAUACCUCCAUGCCACUGGAAGAAGCCUCGGACAGUGUUUUCUCCAGUACUUUUACUCUUGGUUUUAUGUCUUCGCUCAUUUUAUUAUAGAUAUAUGUUAUCACUUGUGUAUAGGUCAAACUGCAGAGUGGCUACAAAACUUCCUAUCCAAUUAUGUGAACAAUCCCAAAUUUGAUAUUCUAAUUGCAUCUGAAAAAUUGCACCUGUUUUGUUUGACCGCUCGAAUAUUGCUAAUCAUGUGUAAAGGACAUUAAAGGAAAGAAUUAUGGCUUUUUGAUCAAUUUUAAUUAAAAAUGUAUGAGUUUAUAAAUUGCUGAUUCAUAUCA